GCACUCCAUUUCAGACGGUGGCGUAAUGCGCCGCAAGUUGUUUACCAAGCGCCACAACGCAGAAGAAGAAGAAGCGGAAGGAAAAUGACGACGGCGACAACGACGUCCCCCGACCGGUCGCCUCGGGAGCUCGAGGCCGUCCUCGUCGACGUUUAUCGGCGUCGGCUGAGCGCGCGCGCCGACACCGCGAGACCGAAGCGGGACGCCGAGGAGGUGGCGCGCGCGAUCCUCGACGGCGUGCGCGCGCACCGUCGCCACGGCGACGGCGCGGCGGACGCGAGCUGCUUGGCUCUGACGCUGGUCGGCCGGACGGUCGCCGCGGCGACGGCCGGGACGCCGCGCGACGCCCGCUUCCGCCGGGACGUGCUGGAGGCCCUGCUUCGGGACUCGGACGUCGUGUCUCGGAUGGUGGCGGAGUUUGGCUGCGAACACCAAGUGCUGCGUCACUUGGCUGCCAAGAGCGCCUCCGCGUGUGUCCUCUACCAACUGCAAGUAUCUGGCGCGGUGAAUCCCGCGUGGCGCGGCACGUGCGAGCGGGCGCUGCUCAGCUUGCCCGCCGGCCCCGAACUGGACUCCUGUUUGUGGUCGCUGACGUUCGUCCUCCGGAAACUUCUGCGCGACCGUCGUCAAGAACUCGUCGGGACGCUCGUGACGAUCUUCCACGCGAGCGUCGGCGCCGCGGCUCGGAGGUUCCUGUCCGCGGACCGGAGCGCCCGGGACGCGGGGGCCGUCGCCGACACCUUUUGCCUGCUGCUGGACCUUCUGGAAAUCCUCGCGGCGUCCGGGACCGGAACGGACCUGACGCACGUCCACGCCGCCGCCUUGCUCGCCGCCGUCAACCGAGCGCCGCGCUACUUUGUCGGCAAGAGGCUGGCCUUGUUGCUGAAGCGGGCGGCGCUGCGCAAGGCCGGCGAGGACUGGCUGGACGCGGCGCCGGAGAGCGGCGCCGACGUCGGCGUUCUCGCCGCCGCCGUGUGGGACGCGGUGGCGGCCGACUGGUUGCCGAGCGUUCGCGUGGAGUCGCCGGCGUUUUUCGGCGGGACGAGCCGCGCCAAAGGCGGCGGGGAAGACGGGAGGUGCGACGCGGUGAUGCUGCGUGCCGUCGGCCUGCUGGUGAUCAAGAGCGUCCAGCACCACGCCGCCGCCACCCCAAGUGGGGCGCGCGAGCAUCUGGCCGGCCUGUGGCGGUUCCUGCGCGACAAAGGCGUGCGGCCGACGGACGCCGCCCACGACUGCGCCGUCCUCCCGCUGCUGUUCGGCGAGCAGGACGACGACUUGAUGGAGGCGGCCCAAGCCUCGCUGCUCAUCUUCCUCCGGCUCAGAGACGGCUCGGCGCCGCCCGACGACCCCUGCGCCGCCGGCUGCAACCCCCACUGCCACUUCCUGUUGCUCCUGCGCGCCGUCCGGUGGGACCACCGCAUCCUGCUGGACUUCCUCAUGUCGGCGGAAACCCGCUUCCUGGAGUACCUGCUGCGCUACCUGCGCUACCUGAGCACCGACCGGCGGGGCUUCGCCGCCUCGUGCCGGCGACUGGACGCCGAGGCGCCGCGUGGCCGCGACGGGCGGGAAGGGCGGCGGACCGGCGAGGAUGCCUCGGGGAGGGCGGCGCGGGACUGCCUGCUGCGCCUGCGCCUCCUGCUGGCCAGGCUGCACGGCAAGAAACUUUUUCCGUACAAGGCCGACGCCCUCCUCCGACUCUUGGCGCGAGCCGCGCCGCCGCUCGGCCCGGACUGACCGACUCGGCGCUUGUCUCGUCCGUUCAUCGGCGGCUGUUCGAAGAUCCUGAUGAGUCCAAAAUUUUGGACUCAUCCCCAAUCAUCCCCAGCAUUUGCAAAUGAUCAGGAUUGUUGUCGAUUUCACGAAACGCUCGUGCUGUUGCCGCACCGUCCUGGAUGUAAACCGACAGGCGGCCUCCCCGCUUCUUCCUUUGGUCGCUUGGCCCCCGUCUUUCGGAUGCGUGCCUGUCGCUGUCAAAGUAGGACACCUUUCCUACGCCGCUCGAUGCCGUUUGGCGCCGCGGCUCCAAUUUUUCCUUCUGAAAUGCGCUCGUGACCUGAGCAAGCUCCCGGUCGGCAAAGGCAUCUGGCCCGGAUUCGGCAUGAAGCUGGCGCAGCUGACCUUGAGUCGGCACCGGCAUAAUGCAUGCGGGCCGAACGCGGCCCGGGAGUGGCAAAGGAGGCGUGGCUUGACUCUGGCAAACCAGAUGAGGGCCAGUUGUGAAGUGAAGUAUUUGGGCCAGAAAUCAAUGUACAGCUCCGGCCCGUAUACGGCCAGUCAGGAUUGAGCCGCCCUUAAAUGCAGUUUCAGAUUCAUUUGUCCAACACACAGCCUUGUUUUACAAUUGCACACCGAUGCGGAAUUCCAUUCAUCACACACACGCGCGCGCGCGCGAGGUUCAAUCAGGCCCGCAGGAUAAUUAAAAAAUGAAAAAAAGACACAGAAUUACUAUUUUUAAUCAGGUGCAGAUCGUUGAGUAUCCGCUAGGGGACACUGUUUGACCAGAGAAGACAACAACAGCCUCCGUCAGUCGCUCAGGCAGACCCAUGACAGCAGAUGCUAUCAAUAGCGCUCUCACAUUGACGCCUUUAAUAGCACUUUCCUUCGUUUGUAAAGGUGUAGGCAGGGAUCACAUUUAGAUUUUAUAUGCACGUGUAAAUGGUUUAAAACUUCCUUUCUUUAUAAAUCUUGUUUCAUCAUAAAGUGCAUGACUAUAUUUUUCAAUACCAAUCACUUGUUAAUAAGUUUGUACAAUCAGUUGCAAUGCAUUGAUGCGAAUGAUAAAAGUAAAUUGCACCUUUGUUGAAGGAAAUGGAAGGCGCUUCAUGAAAUGUUUUGUAAAAGAUACGUUCAUUAAAUGUCAUCAUUUUCCAAAUGUU